AUGGCUGCUAGUCGUUUGCAUGACCCGGAUUUUCUAGAUGGGAUUUCACAGUUUCGUUCUUUUCGGGAUCAGGUCUUGUCCGGGACCUCCUCCAUGUCGAGUUUUUCACCUUUUAAGGUUUCUUUCUGCCACGGUCUUCCUGCUUUAUUGAUUUCUGAUGAGGAAUUGAAUUCCCUAGCUGCACCUUUUGAGUUAGCCUUGGUUGGGAAAUUUCCCGGUAGUCAUCCGUCGCUGGAAUCAAUUCGUAAUUUUUUCUUCAAUCUUAAGCUGAAUGGUGAGUUCUCUGUCACUGUUGUCAACAAGAAUAAUGUUUUGAUUAAGCUUAGGAAUGAUUUGGAUUACUAUAGAGUUUUCACUCACCGUUCAUAUUUUGUCAACAACUGUUACAUGAAGUUGGUUAAAUGGUCUCCACAUUUUGACGUUUGUGUGGAAUCGCCUAUCAUUCUGAUUUGGAUUUCUUUCCCCAACCUUCGUCCCCAUCUGUUCUCUUCUCGUAUUCUUCAAGGGUUGGGGUUCAUUUUUGGUCGACCCUUAAAGAUUGAUAACGCUACUGCCAAUGGAACUAGACCGUCAGUUGCUUGUGUACUUGUUGAUCUAGAUAUUACUAAGCGGUAUCCGGAUCAAGUUUGGCUUGGUUUUGAAACUUUGGGUUAUGCUCAAAAUGUGGAAAUGGAAGUUUCCCCCUUAUAUUGUGGUCAUUAUAAAGCUUUGGGUCAUUCAAAAGCUGAUUGUAUUGUGUUGCAUCCUCAUCCUGUUGUUGUCCCCGCACAUGCAUGUGAUUGGUUCAGUUUUCGAACCUGUGGCUCAUCAUGUGGCUGA